UGUGAGCAAAGCUAGAAAAAAUUAGUUUUGCAAUGGCAGCAACUUUUUAACUUCGAUAUGAUCACUGUGAUUGACGGUUAAAUGGUGCAAAGGUAGAGUUGUGAAAAGCAUGAUACUCUGCUACAGGCGAUUGUUACACAAUUCCACCCCUUUAGCUUUGCCAGAGAAGUUGCUACAUCACUACAACUCUUCGCACCACCACCUCCAAUCUCCACCUUCACCUUUUAAUUUGGAAUAUCAUCGAUACAAAGAUUCUCGUAGAUUAGAAGAUGCCCAUCAUCUUCAUUUACAGAUCUACAAAACUGGCCUUACCAAUGAUGUUUUCUGGUGUAAUACUCUUAUCAACAUAUAUGUUAGAGUUGGCAACUUGCUUUCAGCACAUAAGCUGUUCGAUGAAAUGCCACAUAAGAACCUCGUUUCUUGGUCUUGUUUGAUUUCUGGGUAUGCACAAAAUGCCAUGCCUCAUGAGGCAUGUAUGCUAUUCAAGGGGAUCAUUUCAGCUGGUCUUUUACCAAACCACUAUGCUAUUGGUAGUGCUCUUCGAGCAUGCCAAGAGCUUGGUCCAACUAAGCUUAAACUCGGGAUGGAGAUUCAUGGCUUAGUUUCCAAAUCUCCAUAUGCUUCAGACAUGGUGUUGUCUAAUGUGCUCAUCUCCAUGUAUUCACAUUGCUCGGCUUCCAUUGAUGAUGCUCGUCGUGUUUUUGAUGAAAUAAAAAACAAAACUUCUGCAUCCUGGAAUUCUAUCAUUUCGGUUUAUUGUCGUAGGGGAGAUGCAAUUUCUGCUUUUAAGCUAUUUUCAAGCAUGCAAAGGGAAGCUACAGAACUUACCUGCAGGCCUAAUGAAUAUACCUUCUGUAGCUUAGUAACUGUUGCAUGCUCUCUGGUUGACUGUGGACUGACUUUGCUUGAGCAGAUGGUGGCCAGGAUUGAAAAAUCUAGCUUUGUACAAGAUCUGUAUGUGGGUAGUGCAUUGGUCAGUGGGUUUGCGAGGUAUGGUUUAAUAGAUUAUGCUAAACUGAUUUUUGAGCAGAUGUGUGAUCGUAAUGCAGUGACUAUGAAUGGGUUAAUGGUUGGAUUGGCAAGGCAGCACCGGGGUGAAGAAGCGGCUAAGAUAUUCAAGGAAAUGAAAGAUUUAGUUGAAAUAAAUGCAGUAUCUUAUGCGGUUCUUUUAAGUGGUUUCACUGAAUUUUCAAAUUUAAGGGAAGGGAAGAGAAAAGGUCAAGAGGUUCAUGCUUAUCUGAUUCGCAAUGCCUUGGUUGAUGCCUGGAUUUUGAUUGGAAAUGCACUUGUCAAUAUGUAUGCAAAAUGUGAUGCCAUUGGUAAUGCUUGGUCUAUUUUUCAACUCAUGCCCAAUAAAGAUACUGUCUCAUGGAACUCUAUGAUCUCUGGCCUUGACCACAACGGGCAAUUUGAGGAAGCAGUGGCCUGUUUCCAUACAAUGAGGAGAAAGGGAAUGGUGCCCUCAAAAUUCUCAGUUAUUAGUACUUUGAGUUCAUGUGCAAGUUUGGGUUGGAUCAUGUUAGGACGACAGAUACACAGUCAAGGGAUCAAAUGCGGGCUUGAUUUGGAUGUUUCAGUUUCAAAUGCUCUUCUAACAUUAUAUGCUGAAACUGAAUAUAUGGAUGACUGUCAGAAAGUUUUCUUUCUAAUGUCAGAGUAUGACCAAGUUUCUUGGAAUUCUUUUAUUGGUGCACUAGCAACUUCAGAGGCAUCAGUUUUACAGGCUGUAAGAUAUUUCCUGGAGAUGAUGCAAGCAGGAUGCAAACUCAACAGAGUAACAUUUAUAAAUAUUUUAGCUGCAGUUUCUUCUCUUUCUCUUCUUGAACUGGGCCGUCAAAUUCAUGCUUUAAUCUUAAAAUACUCUGUUGCUGAUGACAAUGCUAUUGAGAAUACGCUUCUAGCUUUCUAUGGAAAAUGUGAGCAGAUGGAGGACUGUGAGAUAAUCUUUUCUAGAAUGUCCGAGCGAAGAGAUGAAGUCAGUUGGAAUUCAAUGAUUUCUGGAUAUAUACAUAAUGGCAUCCUGCAUAAGGCCAUGGAUUUGGUAUGGUUUAUGAUGCAAACGGGCCAAAGAUUGGAUGUUUUCACGCUUGCCACUGUUCUUAGUGCCUGUGCUUCAGUUGCAACAUUAGAGCGUGGUAUGGAAGUUCAUGCAUGUGCUAUAAGAGCUUGUUUAGAAUCUGAAGUUGUUGUUGGUAGUGCACUAGUUGACAUGUAUGCAAAAUGUGGAAAGAUAGAUUAUGCAUCGAGGUUCUUUGAAUUGAUGCCGUUGAGGAACAUAUAUUCUUGGAAUUCAAUGAUUUCUGGCUACGCACGCCAUGGACAUGGAGGAAAAGCACUACAGCUUUUUACACAGAUGAAACAGCAUGGCCAAUUGCCAGAUCAGGUAACCUUUGUUGGGGUCCUAUCGGCCUGUAGUCAUGUAGGGUUAGUUGAUGAAGGAUUUAAGCAUUUCAAAUCAAUGGGUGAAGUAUAUGGACUAGCUCCUAGAAUAGAGCACUUCUCUUGUAUGGUGGACCUCCUUGGGCGGGCAGGUGAUGUUAAUAAGAUACAGGACUUUAUAAAAACAAUGCCAAUGGAUCCUAAUGCCCUCAUUUGGAGAACAAUUUUAGGAGCAUGUUGUCGAGCUAAUAGCCGAAAUUCAGAGCUAGGGCGGAUGGCUGCCAAGAUGCUUAUUGAGUUAGAGCCGCAGAACGCUGUGAACUAUGUGCUUCUUUCUAACAUGCAUGCUGCUGGUGGAAAAUGGGAAGAUGUGGCAGAGGCUAGGUUGGCGAUGAGGAAUGCAGCAGCGAAGAAAGAAGCUGGGUGUAGUUGGGUCAACAUGAAGGAUGGAGUUCAUGUGUUUGUGGCUGGAGAUCAAACACACCCAGAAAAGGAACAUAUCUAUGAAAAACUCAAGGAGAUAAUGAACAAAAUAAGGGACGCAGGAUAUGUGCCUGAAACCAAAUAUGCACUCUAUGAUCUGGAGCUAGAAAACAAAGAAGAGCUCCUCAGCUAUCAUAGUGAGAAACUAGCAAUUGCUUUUGUUCUCACUCGUAAAUCUGAGCUACCAAUUAGGAUAAUGAAGAACCUACGGGUUUGCGGUGACUGUCACACUGCUUUCAAAUACAUAUCAAAGAUUGUUAAUCGACAGAUAAUUUUACGAGAUUCAAAUAGAUUCCACCAUUUUGAUGGUGCCAUAUGUUCUUGUGGAGACUAUUGGUGACUAAUUCUAAAUAUUUAUAGUUUCUUUGGUGUAAAAAUAUGGGAAUAUUGCCUAGGAUUGCUCUAUACUUCGGCUACGAGGAAAUUUGGUUGGCAUUUUCAAGUGCUAUUCCCGAAUGUAAGAGAUGUUAAAUAGUGAAGAAAAGAGAAGGAAUAAGUAUGGAGGGGAAAAUGGAACAUGGAGAUAAAAGAGGAACCAUAUGUCUGGACUCUGGAAGUCCCACUAAGAUGUAUAUAGGUGCCAUUUUGGAAACUGUGACUUAACUUACGAAUUAGUCAGUUAUCAAACUAUAAAACAGAUUGGAUACAUGCAGUACUGCGAAGCGCAGUUGGAAAGAAAAGAAUAUUGUGGGAAAAAAGUUUAGUUAGGUACACUGCUUUAUGAAUUGUCUUGUUUUUCCUACCUGAAUUCAAUUGUGUUAAUUUUUUUAUACAUGUCUCCUUUCUGUAACUUUUAACCAAGUCCUAA